AUGCGGCCCCAAGUAAGGAGGCUGUGUCUGCUGCUCUUCCUGCUGUGGGUCCCGGGGGAGCCGAUGGAGAACUCGGACUUCUACCUGGCUGGGGACUUCCUCCUGGGUGGACUCUUCACCCUCCACGCCAACAUGAAGAGCACUUCCCAUGUUGACAACCUGCAGGUGCCCACCUGCAGGAAGUUUACUAUGAAGGUGGUGGGCUACAACCUCAUGCAGGCCAUGCGCUUUGCGGUGGAGGAGAUCAACAACCACAGCAGCCUGCUGCCCGGUGUGCGGCUGGGCUACGAGAUCGUGGACAUCUGCUACAUGUUCAACAACAUCCAGCCUGUGCUCUACCUGCUGGCCCAGGAGGACUACUUCCUGCCCAUCCUCAAGAACUAUGACCACUACGUCCCACGGGUGGUGGCCAUCAUCGGCCCUGACAACUCUGAGGCUGCCAAGACAGUGGCUAACUUCCUCUCCAUGCUUCUCCUUCCACAUAUCAGCUACAGCGCCAUCACGGAGGAGCUGCGGGACAAGGUGCGCUACCCGGCCACGCUGCGCUCGGUCCCCAGCGCCACGCACCACAUCGAGGCCAUGGUGCAGCUGAUGCUCCACUUCCGCUGGAACUGGAUCGUGGUGCUGACGAGCAACGACGACUACGGGCGCGAGAACAGCCAGCUGCUGACCCAGCGGCUGUCCCGCGGCGGCGACAUCUGCGUGGCCUUCCAGGAGGUGCUGCCCGCGCCCGCGUGCGCGCCGCGGCUGGACGCCGUCCUGGACAAGCUGCGGCGGUCCACGGCGCGCGUGGUGGUGGUCUUCUCGCCCGAGGUGGCCCUGCACGACUUCUUCCGGGCCGUGCUGCGCGCCCGCCUCACCGGGGCCGUGUGGAUCGCCUCCGAGUCCUGGGCCAUCGACCCGGAGCUGCACGGCCUGGACGGGCUGCGCCGCUGCGGCACCUUCCUGGGCGUCACCAUCCGCGGCGUGCCGGUGCCGGGCUUCAGCGAGUUCCGCGCGGGGCGGGGGCAGCCCGGGCCCCCGCCGUCCCCGCCGGGCCCCCGCCGCCGGGGCACCUGCAACCAGGAGUGCGACACCUGCCCCUGGAAGACCGCCUCCUACGGAGACGUCCUCACGCUCUCCGGGGAGCGCGUGGUGUUCAGCGUGUACGCCGCCGUCUACGCCGUGGCCCACGCUCUGCACCGGCUGCUGGGCUGCAACCGGACCGCGUGCGCCCCGGGGCCCGUGCGCCCCUGGCAGCUCCUCAGAGAGUUGAGGGAUGUCAACUUCACCCUCCUGAACAGCCAGAUCUUCUUCGACCGGCAAGGAGACAUGCCCCUGUACCUGGACAUCAUCCAGUGGCAAUGGGACCUGAGCCAGAAUCCUUUCAAGAGCGUGGCCUUGUACUCUCCCAGGCAGCAGCAGCUGGUGCCCAUCGGCAACGUCUCCUGGCACACAGGCGACAAUAGUGUCCCUGUGUCUAUGUGUUCCAAAAGCUGCCUGCCUGGGCAGAAGAAGAAGGCCAUAGGCCUCCACCCCUGCUGCUUCGAGUGCCACGACUGCCCGCCUGGCACCUUUUACAACCAAACAGCAGAUGAAUUUGACUGCCAGCCCUGCCCGAGCACCAUGUGGUCUCACGGGAACACCGUCUCCUGCUUCAGGCAGCGGCUGGCUUUCCUGCAAUGGCACGAGGCAUCCACCAUCAUCGUGGUGCUGCUGGCCUUCCUGGGCUUCUUCAGCACGCUGGCCAUCCUGGUGGUGUUCUGGAGACACUUCCGGACGCCCAUGGUGCGCUCGGCAGGGGGCCCCAUGUGCUUCGUGAUGCUGGUGCCGCUGCUGCUGGCCUUUGGCAUGGUGCCCGUGUACGUGGGGCCGCCCACCAUCUUCACGUGCCUCUGGCGCCAGGCCUUUUUCACCCUCUGCUUCACUGUCUGCAUCUCCUGCGUGGCCGUGCGCUCCUUCCAGAUCGUCUGUAUCUUCCAGAUGGCCAGCCGCCUCCCUCGGGCCUACGGCCUCUGGGUCCGCUGCCACGGGGCCUAUGUGUCUGUGGCGUUCAUGACGGCCAUCAAGGCGGCCCUGGUGGCGGGCAAUAUGCUGGCAGCCCCCACCAUCGACCCCACGAGCCACACCGAUCCCGACGACCCCAGCGUCACCAUCGUCUCCUGUCACCCCAACUACCGCCUGGGCCUUCUGUUGAACACCAGCAUGGACGUGCUUCUCUCCGUGGUGGGCUUCAGCUUCGCCUACAUGGGCAAGGGGCUGCCCAUGAGCUACAACGAAGCCAAGUUCAUCACCUUCUGCAUGGCCUUCUCCUUCACCACCUCCGUCUCGCUCUGCACCUUCAUGGCUGUCCACAACGGGGUGCUGGUCACCAUCCUGGACCUCCUGGUGACCGUACUCAACUUCCUGGCCAUCAGCCUGGGGUACUUCGGCCCCAAAUGCUACCUGAUCCUCUUCUACCCGGAACGCAACACGACCGCCUACUUCAACAGCAUGAUCCAGGGCUACACCAUGAGGAUGGACUAG